GUUUUUAAGGGAUCCGUUUGCCUUCACAGAAAUGGUUUCAAAUCUAACACUGAUAACUGAAUAUAAAAUCAGGCUUUAAAUUGCUGUAGGAUUAAAAUACAUCUCAGUUUCGUGGUGUUGCAGUCUGUGUUAAAUGAGGGAACACCUGCAGCCUUCUGAGGAGGGGGAACACCGAAAUUCCUGAGCACCAGGGGCAGGAGAGGACUGCAAAAGGAACAUUCCAGCUGGGAGAAGUUACCUGAGGCAGGACUUCACUGUGUGGGAAUGCACAGGGAGAUGGAUGACUGACACCUUCCUGUACCUGAAGUUCCUGGUGGUGUGGGCCCUGGUGCUGCUGGCAGAUUUUGUGCUGGAGUUCAGGUUUGAGUACCUGUGGCCCUUCUGGCUCUUCAUCAGGAGCGUUUACGAUUCCUUCCGAUACCAGGGCUUGGCCUUCUCAGUAUUUUUUGUGUGUGUAGCAUUCACCUCCAACAUCAUCUGUCUGCUCUUCAUCCCAAUCCAGUGGCUGUUCUUUGCUGCCAGCACCUAUGUGUGGGUACAGUAUGUGUGGCACACAGAAAGAGGUGUGUGCUUACCAACAGUAUCACUGUGGAUACUUUUUGUUUAUAUUGAAGCAGCCAUCAGAUUUAAAGAUUUAAAAAACUUCCAUGUGGACCUUUGUCGUCCGUUUGCAGCACACUGCAUUGGCUACCCUGUUGUGACUUUGGGCUUUGGCUUUAAAAGUUACGUCAGCUACAAGAUGCGUUUGAGGAAGCAGAAGGAGGUGCAGAAGGAGAACGAGUUCUACAUGCAGCUCCUGCAGCAGGCUCUGCCCCCAGAGCAGCAGAUGCUGCAAAGGCAAGAGAGGGAGGCAGAGGAAGCAGCCAAAGGAUUAUCUGAUAUGGAUUCCUCAAUACUCCUGCAGCACAAUGGAGGCAUUCCAGCCAAUAAAAAAAUCUCUGCAACGUUGCCAGAGCUGGAAUAUCGAGAAAAAGGGAAAGAAAAGGACAAGGAUGCAAAGAAACACAACCUUGGAAUAAACAACAACAUUUUGCAACCUGUAGACUCUAAAAUACAAGAAAUUGAAUAUAUGGAAAACCAUAUCAAUAGUAAAAGAUUAAAUAAUGAUCUUGUAGGAAGUACAGAAAACCUCUUAAAAGAGGACUCAUGCACUGCCUCGUCCAAAAAUUACAAAAAUGUCAGUGGGGUUGUGAACUCCUCACCCCGCAGCCACAGUGCAACCAACGGGAGCAUCCCCUCCUCAUCCUCUAAAAAUGAGAAAAAACAGAAAUGUGCCAGCAAGAGCCCGAGCACACACAAGGACUUAAUGGAAAACUGUAUUCCUAAUAACCAGCUAAGCAAACCAGAUGCACUGGUAAGGCUGGAGCAGGACAUCAAGAAGCUGAAGGCCGACCUGCAGGCCAGCAGGCAGGUGGAGCAGGAGCUGCGCAGCCAGGUGAGCUCGCUGAGCUCCGCCGAGCGCGGCGCGCGCGCCGAGACGGGCCAGCUGCGCCAGGAGAACGAGCUGCUGCAGAACAAAUUGCACAACGCUGUACAGAUGAAACAAAAAGACAAACAAAUGAUCAGCCAGCUGGAGAAGAAGCUAAAGGCAGAGCAGGAGGCACGAACCUUUGUAGAAAAACAAUUAAUGGAAGAAAAGAAGAGGAAGAAGUUGGAAGAAGCAACUGCUGCACGAGCUGUGGCCUUUGCUGCUGCUACCAGGGGGGAGUGCACCGAGACCCUGCGCGGCCGUAUCCGCGAGCUGGAGACCGAGUGCAAGAAGCUCAGCCUGGACAUCAAACUGAAGGAGGAGCAGAUCAGAGAGCUGGAAAUCAAAGUGCAGGAGCUGAGGAAGUACAAGGAGAACGAGAAGGACACGGAGGUGCUGAUGUCGGCGCUCUCGGCCAUGCAGGACAAGACCCAGCACCUGGAGAACAGCCUGAGUGCAGAGACCAGGAUCAAGCUGGACCUCUUCUCUGCUCUGGGAGAUGCAAAAAGGCAGCUGGAGAUCGCCCAAGGGCAGAUCCUGCAGAAGGACCAGGAGAUCAAGGAGCUCAAGCAGAAGAUUGCAGAGGUGAUGGCAGUGAUGCCCAGCAUCACCUACACUGCGGCCACCAGCACUCUGAGCCCCGUGUCCCCACACUAUUCUUCCAAAUUCGUGGAGCCCAGCCCCUCUGGACUCGACCCCAACGCCUCUGUGUACCAGCCCCUGAAGAAAUGAGGCAAUGCCGAGGUUCUCUGUGCCCCCGGGGGCCUCUUGCAGUCAAGAUGAAAUUGUUUCGUGUGGGACUGUGUUUGUUGUCAUUUCCAGCAGGAGAAAAGAGCAUUGGCUAGAACUGCCCAUCAGUUUUUCUUGUAAAUUUUUAGGAAACCUCACAGAACUUUGCGAUUUAUUUUCCUCGGCCAACGCAUUAAAAACGAUUCUUGGUUUUUCAAGUAGCCAAUUUUGCCUUUUUAUGUACUCUUGCAUGGUUUCCUCUUGAAAAAAAAAACAAAAAAAAACCACAGGGCUUUGCUUGGUUUUGAACCCUUUCUCCUCAGUUUUUUUUUUUUAUUUUUAUUUAAUGAUCAAAUUGGAUUUGCAGAUUGAUCCAGUGAGGAAAAACCCUUCAGUUUUCCCAGUGAAAGGGUUAAACAACCCAACAAAGCUUUGAUUUAUAGAUGUGUUAAAUGCAAACACGUGGAUGUUGCAGAAGAUAAUUUGAUUUUCCCCCCCUCAAAGGACCAAACAAAUUGCAGGGGCGUUGUUGAAGGGAAGGAAUAAAGACUAGCUGAUGAUGUGA